UGCCAUGACUGACUCUGCGAUCACUUGGUGCACACACACGCAAGGAAGAGGGUUUGAUUCCGGCGAUACGAGGUGAAACGAGUUCAGGCUCUCGGGGGCUGUGGACGCAGAGUCGCCGCUUUCGUGCCUGCGCCUCUGCGCUCUGCCGCUAGAUGGCGCAAGAGGUCCGGUGAGUCGCGGGAUUAACGGGGUCGCUCAUCCCGCAGCAGCCCCGCAUUAUUCCGUCCGGGCCUAUAAACAAGCAUGAGAUGGCAUUCAAAGGCAAAGCGGUCGACUCGAAGACCGUGCUCCUCAACCUGCUGCUGUGUCUCCUGAUAUUUUACUCUCUUUUCUACAUGAUCGCCAGCGUGUGCUUCGGUGCCUUCAGGCUGGAUCACUUCGACGGACUGAUCCCAUUCGACUUCAAGACCGAACCCACUGAAUCCAACUCCAAAUACCUGGUGAACCUCCUGUCCUUGGAGCUCACCUACUUCUGCAGUGGCCUCCUGUUUGCCGCGGUGGUGAGGAGGCGGGUGUGGGACUACGCCCUCACGGUCACACUUCUGCAUGUUGCGAUCACCAGUGUCGUGAUGUUGGAGUUCCCCAUGGUGUGGCAGUGGUGGCUGGCUUUAGGUAGCGGCUUGUUUCUGAUGAUCUGCAACGGGCAGCUGAUUGCUUAUUUCACCUGCCAGAGCGACCAGAGCUACUCCUCCUUCAGCAUCUACUGAAGAUGACGUAGCCCAGGACUGAAAAUAACUGUAUUUUUAAUUUAUUAAUUCUUUAAAAGUUAUUUAAGUUUAUUUAUUGAUUGAUUAACGUCCAACAGUUUGAUGAACGCACUUGUAAAAAGGAGAAUAAGGGAUCAGACUAGAAGCUCUGGUCCUGAGACACUAGUCAGGGUCCGGCUGGUUCUGUUACCUUUGCUUAUUUCUAGAAAAAAAACUCACCUUCGCGUAUUGAGGCUGCUUUCACACACUGACUGAAGUCUGGACAUUUUCCUGCCAGCUAGUAAAAUGUCUGGAAGAGGUCAGAGUGAGCCAAAGAGAACGCAGCAGGAAAAUGUCUGGAAAAUUCACAGCAAGCGAGUGGGUGACGUAAUGGCUGCAGAAAGAAAAAAGAAAAAAGAAUACAAAUAUCUCAGGAUGUAAAAGAUUUUGAGCUUUUGCCAAGGAGGACCGACGCUAUGUGCCAUAACAGAACACAACAGAGAGAUAUGUCGUGUCCUGCCUCCUGCAUGCUCUACCCAGGGUUCACCCUUCACCUGAAUGUUGAGGUGAACACGUCUGACCCGGAUAAUUCUUCAUGUUCACACUCCAGCUGAGGAGCUGAGCUCAGCCACUCAGCUGCUCCUGGAUGUGCCUAAAACUAAACUCGUAACCAGAGGCGACCGAGCCUUUGCAGUAACCGCCCUAAACUCGUGGAACCGUUUACCACUCCGUAUUAGAUCUGCCCCCAAAUCAUUGUUAAAGACACAUCUCUUCUCUUUGGCCUUCCUUUUGAGUUGAGAAGGUUUUUAUCCGAGCAGAUUUUAUUAUCAUUAUUAUUAUGAUAUAUUGCGUAUUGCUGUUUUCUUGUUGUACCUUUUGCUUUGUAAGGCACUUUGGUCAUCUAAGUUGUUUUAAAUGAGUUAUAUAAAUUAAGUUGACAUUGACAUAUGUCUGAAAAUGGCUUAAGUUAGAGCUGGAUCCAAAGUAAAUGCCACAAGGAGAUGUUUUCUGUAUUUUGCUUCUGAUGCACAACCCCCUUGUCACUAAGCAGGAUUUAAAUGCGACCUGUGAAGUAUUUUACCUCUGUAAACUGUGAAUGUAGAAGCUCAAAAGGGAAUGUUGCAAUAUAUGUUGUGAAUCAAAGACUUAAAUGUCAAGUGUUGAACAAUGAAACUGCUUUGUGUUUAUUGUUUCAUGCCCCUUAAACAAUGAAGUACUGAGGACUUGUGAAAUAGUGACCAGCCUAUUUCUUAUGAUGAUGACAAUGCAGUUAAAAUGACUGUAAUAAAAUAU